UUCUCCCAGCCCAGAUUCCCAGGAGUGCGCGCUGUGGUGACUAAGGGAGGCGGAGAGGGUCCCGGGACGGACGCGCGGGUUGAGCGCGGCGAGGGAGGCGGUUCCGCCUCCCCUGGAGCGGCUCCUGGCGCUUCCGGGGUGGUUCUGGUCCAGAGGGCGCCGCACACCGCGCGGGUGAGUCUAGUGGUUAGCGAUGCUCCCGCUGCUACCUUCGCUGCCGCUGCUGUUGCUACUGGGGGCGCCGCGAGGCUGCGCAAACCUCGUGGAGACGACGCUCACCCCCGAGAGGGUCCUCGAAUGGCAGGAUAAAAAAGGAAUAUUCAUUAUCCAAAGUGAGAGUCUCAAGAAAUGCAUUCAAGUGGGUCCAUCUGUACUGACCCUGGAGGACUGCAAACAGCCAAACGAGAACAUGCUGUGGAAAUGGGUGUCAUAUCACCGUCUCUUUAACCUGGGAGGCAGCGGUUGCCUGGGCCUGAAUUUAUCUAACCCAGAGCAGCCAUUAGGCAUAUAUGAGUGUGAUUCCACUGAUGUUUCACUGAGAUGGCAUUGUAGCAGGAAGAUGAUCGUGGGCCCGCUCCAGUAUAUGGUCCAAGUGGAGCACGACAACACGGUGAUGGCCUCGUGGAAACAUCUUCACAAAUGGGUUUCCUAUAUGUCAGGUGGUGGAGACAUUUGUGAACAUCUUCACACAGAUCUGUAUACAAUCAAAGGGAAUGGCCAUGGACUGCCAUGUGUGUUUCCCUUCCAGUACCGCCAUCAGUGGCACCAUGAAUGUAUCCGGGAAGGUCGGGAAGAUAACUUGCUGUGGUGCGCGACUACGAGCCGAUAUGAAAGAGAUGAGAAGUGGGGAUUUUGCCCAGAUCCCACGUCUACAAAGGUAGCUUGUGACACUGUGUGGGAGAAGGACCCCAAUACACACAUUUGCUACCAAUUCAACUUGCAUUCAUUUCUGUCUUGGAAUGAGGCACAUUCUUCAUGCCAGUUGCAAGGAGGUGAUUUAUUAAGUAUUGAGGAUGAAAAUGAAGAAAAUUUCAUAAAGAAGCACAUGAGCAAUGAAACAGUGGAAGUGUGGAUAGGUUUGAAUCAGCUAGAUCAAAACGCAGGCUGGCAGUGGUCUGACGGAUUGCCGCUGAGUUAUCUGAACUUAUAUCCAGAGAUCCAUUUUGAGCCAUUUGUUGAAUAUCACUGUGGAACAUUUCAUUCAUUUAUGCCAACUGCCUGGAGGAGUAGGGAUUGUGAGUCCACAUUUCCUUACGUAUGUAAAAAAUAUCUAAGCCACCACACUGGUCAUGAAACAGCUGAAAAUGAUGCUUGGAAGUAUCAUGCGACCCACUGUGAGGCUGGAUGGAAGCCCUACAAUCGUAAUUGCUACAAACUUCAGAAAGAAGCAAAGACCUGGAAUGAAGCUUUACGUUCCUGCCAGUCUGGUAACAGUACAUUGAUAGACAUAGCUUCAUUAGCAGAGGUGGAGUUUCUUGUAAACCUCCUUGGAGCUGAAAAUGCAUCAGAAACAUGGAUUGGUUUGAGCAGCAAUAAAAUUCCAGUUUCCUUUGAAUGGUCUAAUGGCUCUCCAGUAGUAUUUACUAACUGGAACACACUAGAGCCCCAAAUUUUUCCAAGUAGAAGCCAGCUAUGUGUCUCAGCAGAGCACCCUGAGGGACACUGGAAAGUUAAAAACUGUGAAGAAACACUUUUUUAUACUUGUAAAAAGGCAGGCCGCGUCCUUUCUGACACAGACUCAGGAUGUCAAAAGGGAUGGGAGAGACAUGAUAGAUUUUGUUACAAAGUUGACCCAGUCCUUCGAAGCUUUGACCAUGCUUCCAGUGGUUACUACUGUCCUCCUGCACUUAUAACCAUCACAAACAGAUUUGAACAGGCAUUUAUUACCAGUUUGAUCAGCAAUGUGGUGAAAAUGAAGAACCAUUAUUUCUGGAUAGCUCUUCAAGACCAAAAUGAUACAGGAGAAUACACUUGGAAGACAGCAGGGCAGGAGUCUGAACUGGUGCAGUAUACAUACUGGAAUGCUCAUGAGCCCCGCUACAGCGGUGGUUGUGUCGCCGUGCGAGGAAGCAGUCCAGUGGGUCGCUGGGAAGUGAAGGACUGUGCACACUUUAAGGCGAUGUCCUUGUGCAAGCAACCAGUUGAAAAGCGGAAGAAGACAGAACAUGAAGAAAGAUGGCCCUUUCACCCCUGCCAUUUGGAGUGGGAGUCAAAGCCUGGCCUGGCCAGUUGUUUCAAGGUAUUUCAUAGUGAGAAAGUCCUGACAAAAAGAACAUGGAGAGAAGCUGAGGCAUUUUGUGAAGAAUUUGGAGCUCAUCUUGCAAGCUUUGCCCAUAUUGAGGAAGAAAAUUUUGUGAAUGAACUUUUACAUUCUAAAUUUAAUCGGACAGAAGAAAGGCAGUUCUGGAUUGGAUUUAAUAAAAGAAAUCCUCUGAGUAUGGGUUCUUGGGAAUGGUCAGAUGGAACUCCGGUUGUCUCUUCAUUUUUAGACAAUAAUUAUUUUGGAGAAGAGGCAAGAAAUUGUGCUGUGUUUAAGGCAAAGAAAACAUUGCUGCCCUCACAUUGUGAUUUCAAACAUGAAUGGAUAUGCAAAAUUCCAAGAGAUGUGAGACCCAACAUUCCAUCCUGGUAUCAAUACGAUGCGCCCUGGCUCUUUUAUCAAGAUGCAGAGUACCUUUUUUAUACCCAUGACUCAGAAUGGGCUUCCUUUGAGUUUGUCUGUGGCUGGCUGCGUGGUGAUCUUCUCACAAUUCAUUCUGCACAUGAGCAAGAAUUCAUUCACAGCAAAAUAAAAUUGCUAUCAAAGUAUGGUGUAAAUUGGUGGAUUGGACUUCAAGAAGAAAAAGCCAACAAUGAAUUUCAUUGGACUGAUGGGUCACCACUAAUAUACCAAAACUGGGACAACAGAAGAGAAAUAUCUAUGAAUAAUCAAAGCCAGACAUGUGGCUUCAUUUCUUCCAAAACAGGACUCUGGGGUAGUGAGGAGUGUUCAGUUUUUAUGCCUGGUAUUUGCAAACGAAAAAAGAUUUGGGUCAUUGAGAAAGAAAAUAAUACACCAAAACAACAUGGAACAUGUCCCAAUGGAUGGCUAUACUUUAACUAUAAGUGCCUGUUAGUGGUGGUCCCCAAAGACCCAAGCAAUCUAAAGAACUGGACAGGAGCUCUAGAUUUCUGCGUUGCCAAGGGUGGAACGUUGGUGGCCAUAGAAAGUGAAGUGGAACAAGCUUUCAUUACCAUGAAUCUUUUUGGCCACACCACUAAUGUGUGGAUAGGGUUACAAAUUGAUGAUUAUGAGAAAUGGCUAAAUGGAAAGCCCGUGAUUUAUUCUAACUGGUCUCCAUUUGAUAUAGUGAAUGUUCCAAAUUAUCAUACCACAGACGUUCACAAACAUACUUCACUCUGUGCCUUGCUGUCAAGUAAUCCUAAUUUUCACUUCACUGGAAAAUGGUAUUUAGAAGACUGUGGAAAAGAAAGCUAUGGAUUUGUUUGUGAAAAAAUGCAGGAUACUUCUGGACCCCGUGUAAAUGCAUCAGAUAUGUACCCAGUCCCCAAUACCUUAGAAUAUGGAGACAGAACUUACAAAAUAAUUAAUGCAAAUAUGACUUGGUAUGCAGCAAUAAGAACCUGCAUAAUGCAUGGAGCAGAACUUGUCAGCAUUGCAGACCAGUAUCAUCAGUCCUUCCUCACUGUCAUCCUCAACCGGCUGGGAUAUGAUCACUGGAUUGGACUGUUCACCACUGAUAAUGGUCGUAAUUUUGGCUGGUCAGAUGGCACCAAGUCCUCUUUCACUUUCUGGAAAGAUGAAGAGUCAUCCUUCUCUGGUGACUGUGUUUUUGCUGACACAAAUGGACGCUGGCAUAGCACAGCCUGCGAGUCAUUUCUGCAGGGUGCCAUUUGUUACGUUCCCUCUGAGAUAAAGUUAUUUGGACACCCAAUGUGCUCAGAAACAUCUAUUCCCUGGGUAAAAUUUAAGAGUAAUUGCUACAGUUUUUCUACACUCCUAGACCAUAUGAGUUUUGAGGCUGCUCAUGAAUUUUGCAAAAAGGAAGGAUCUAAUCUGUUAACAAUCAAGGAUGAAGAUGAAAAUUUAUUUCUCCUAGAAGAGCUUUUAGUUUUUGAUUCUAUUGUCCAGAUGGUUUGGUUGAAUGCUCAACUUGAUAGUAACAAUGAAACCAUCAAGUGGUUUGAUGGAACACCCACAGACCAGUCAAACUGGGGCAUUCGGAAACCAGAUUUGGAGCCUCUCAAGUCCCACCAGUGCAUUGCCCUGCGGAUCCCUGAUGGAGUGUGGCAGUUAUCCCCGUGUCAAGACAAAAAGGGGUUUAUAUGUAAAAUGGAGGCAGAUAUUGGCAUUGAAAAGGAGCUUCCAGGAAAAGAGCCCAGUCACAGCACAGUUCCACUGGCAAUCGCGCUGACACUGACAGUAAUCCUGGUCAUCUCCACACUGUCCUUCUACAUCUACAAGAGGAAUAGUAACUUCUUCCAGAGACUCACAGGGCUUGGCAACCCUUACUAUCCUACAACCAACUUGAGUACAGUACAUUUAGAAGAAGAAAAUAUUGUCAUAUCUGAUCUCGAGAAGAAUGACCAAUGACAACAAAGUCUGAGAACACCUCAGCAGUGAAGGUGAUAGUAAGAAAGACCAAAGGAGUCCUGUCUGGGUUUCCCUUUUACCCGAUGCCCUUAGAAUGUGAAUAGUCUCACUACUUUAAUUACUCAUAGAGUGAUUAACAGCCUUUAAUUAUAACCACGUCACAUGGAUUUUGAGUUACUCAUUUCUGUAAACUGAUCCAUUGUUAGAAAGGAGAAUUUUCAGAAAGAUGAGAGGAAUUAAAGGAAACUUUCCUGUGUGUGCAAACUCACAAAUCAAUGGGAAUAGCAGUUUUUGUUUUAAGUUCCUACUAAAAUUUGGGAGGAAUUUUAAGACUAAGAUGGUGCCUAUUCAGACAUUUACACCCAUUCAAUUAAAAGAGAGAAAAGUACAGCAAAGAAAAUUUUAAAAUCAAUUUUAUAUAUGAGAAGAUCUUUUGGUUUUUAUUUUAUUUUGUUUUGUUUGUACCAGGGAUUGAACUUACAACCUAGUGCUUGCCAGGCAGGCACUUAUGCUGCUGAGCUAAAUCCCUGGCCCCUAUUUUAUAUAUGAGAGAAAAAAGGUUUCUGAGAGAGUUUCUGUUUGUGUUAAUUUAAUCAUUCUCAUAGCCAGGUUUGGAAAAUGCUAAUUUUUAAAUUUAAAACUGACAGGUUCUGAGCUGGGAACGGAGACAGAUGACUGUAAUCCCAGAGAUUCUGCUGAAGCAGGAGGACUCAAGUUCAAGGCUGGCAAAACUCUGUCUCCGAAUAAAAUAUUUUAAAAAGGCUGAGGAUGUAACUCAGGCUGGGUGAUAGGACUAGCAGGUUCCAUCCCCAGUAUAAAAGAAAGAAAAACAGAUUCUGGGCUCUCAACUAAUUUAGAGUAAUAUUCAUUUCUAUUGGGCCUGACUUCUCAAACUAAAAAGAAAAAAAUUCUUUUUGAUUUUUGAGACAUGGUGUUACUGUGUAGGUCAGGUUGGCUUCAAAUUUGUAGCAAUCCUCCUGGCUCAGCCUCCUGAGUACAGGGAUUGUAUGUAUUUUGGUCGCAUUUCUUUAAAUAGAGACAUUGGUGAACAUCACACUCUAAUAAGCAGCCAUAUAGUUAAAAACUAGAUAAAAAAACUUCAAUUGCUAAAUGAUUGCUGUUUGAUACUUUAAAGUAUCUUACAAAUAAGCGUAAAAGAACAUAUUAAUAUUUGAAUACUGCUGAAACUCGUGGAUUUUAAGAACUAAAGAUACAUAAAUUCUUAACCAAAAGAUGUAAAAUAUAACUGGAAUUCAAAAGGAGAAAAUUGAUCUGAAUUAUAGAUCCAUUAAAACCAGGCUAAAGGACAUACUGAGAGAUACUUAAUGAAUUACUCUCCAGCAGCAGUCUAGGUACCAUUAUUAUAUAAAUGGAUUGACUUAAUUGUCCUUUGUAACAUACUAUGACUUCUAGGAUCCAUCUCCUUUUGUGUUGGACUAGUCAGUAGGUUAAUAAUGAUUAAUAGAUUAGUAGAUUAAUAAUAAUUGAUAUUGUUGGUAAAUAAUAAAACCAAGUACUUAAUCUUCCUUCAUCAGUGUCUGAAAAAGAAAAAAUGGUUCCAUAAUCAAUAUUUAAAUUUACUCAUUACAUAGAUUACAUAAAAACAAAGUGCUAUUCUGGAAAGUGGGGGUACUAGGGCAAGCAAGUCAGGACAUCUCAGUGUUUAUAGCACUUAUAUUCUAUUUAGGGAAGAUGGACAGUAACCAGGUAAAGAAGUCAAUGUGCAAAAAUAGCAGGAAAUUAUGAAAAUUAAGUAAGAUCCUGUGACAGAGGGAAAUGGGGAAUUUCAGAACCUUCCUGAGAGUGUGCAUUUUAAUUAUCACAACCAACUGCCUGAAUGCUGGUGGGAACUAGUCACAAGGGGGAGCUCCGGGCAAAAAUAUGAAUGAAUUUCUAAAUGGCAACCCAAGAUCCUUGGAAAUAUGAUUGAAGAGCGUGCUCAGAGGAAGUGGAUUGUGUGGCCUGGAGCAGUAAGUGCAACUUCUUAUAGCAGCUUUUUAACACUGCUGUGUAGGUCACACACUAGGACAACCUACUUUUACAAUAUUUCUAAGUCUUAGGACUUCAUUUUUUAAAAAAGAUACUAUAUUGUAUGUCAGUUAUAUAUUUAAGACUCUCAUGAAUAAUUGGCUUGAAGUAAACAGAUGGUAUAAAACUCAAUUUAACAAUCUGUCUAGUGAAAUUAAAAUUCUGUUCUUUUCAGUGGACUUGGUGAAAACUGUAUCAAUUAGCCUUCCAGCCAAAGCCCCCCACACACACACACCAACUUGGUAAAAUAUGUCAUUAGGAAAGUGCUUUUGCAGAAAGAAACAGUAUUGUUCUGUAUUUUCAUAGUGAUUAGUAUUGCACUAUAUCUCCAGGGAAGGGGUCCCCCAUAAACAGAACCAUGCCCUCCUUUCCACUGCUGAAAUUUUAGAAAUAGAAAAUACUAAAAUAUACUGCUUUAUCAAUUAUGUAUGUACAUUUUCUAUAAUUUUUCCACAUCUAUUUUAAAUAUGAACUGUAUUUCAUAGCUACAACAUGACGAGGAAAAAAAAAAAACCUGGAUCUCAAACUUACACAUAAUUAAUGCCUCCUCCCUUUAAAAAUCAAUUGCUUUCUGUGAUUAACCUCAGCAUCUUUAUAGAUCCAGGAUAUAGAAAAGCUUGGACUUUUCAGUUAAUAUCUUGAGUUCUUCUGAUUCCAAUAGUUUUCUUCCAGAUUAAAUUUUUCUUCUAUUUGCAAGUUCUACUCCUAUCACAGGUGGUUGGGAUGAUCUGUUUGAUAGACAUUCAGCCCCGGGUUUUCUUUUCUCCUCAAAAUGACAGAUUCAUGAGAACUUGCCGUCUGUCCGUUACUGGGAGGAGACCGACUGCAGGUGUUACACGGCAUUCAUAGACAGCAGCUUUCUAACCACUCCAGAGCUCUGCUGGCAACUGCUAUGUAGUUGUAGGUGGAGUAGCUUUUAUCUUUCUCUUUGAUUUGGUCCUGUCCUGGCUGUCUCUUGUAUGGUCUCAUUUCCUGAUAACUGGCUGUGACUCCCAUUUGAGGCCCUGUCUGGACACUGAAGUUCUUGACUACAAGGCCACUUCACCCUCAUGGUGAUGAGACAUUACUCAGGAACAUUAGCUACUCCCUUUGUCAGGGCAGACUAAACACUGUAACAAACAAUCUCAAAAUCUUGGAAGUGAAACAUAGGAAAAAUUUAUUUCUCAUUCAUGAACUGUAAGAGGACUUUGCUUCAUUCAGGUAUUUAGGAAUCCAGGCCUCCUAUGUAAUCUAGAUAGCUAUCUCCUAAGGCCUUGGAAUUUUCUAAUAGAUCUACCUGUGGGUGACAGAACAAGUUAAAUGAAGGCCUAUCAUUGAUUAAUCAUGUAGUUUUUAUAAGGUCUUUUUGCAUUUUGAUCUAGUUUUGUUUUGGUGCUAGAGAUUGAACCAGGGUCUUGCCCAUGCUAAGCAUGUUCUCUAUCACCCAGCUACAUGCCCAUCCCCCACGAACUUCUGGAACACAUUCUCUAAAUCACAGUCUUCAAAUUCAGGACACAUGUUCUGAGGGUGCACAGUGAUUUCCAAGGGAUAUAGGGCAUGGAUAUUUUUAAGGAUCUCAACUUCUAGAAUUUUAUCCUUCAUGUAUUAUUUCUUCUUUAAAGUGACUUAGCUGAGAACAUCUAUGCAAUCAAGGUGUCAUGCUGGUUCUUUUUUCUCAAUUCUCUUUGCACAAAUUUUUUUUUUCUACCUAGAAAGGGGGCAUGGAUUGCACUCCAAAUCUUUCUAUGACAACUUACCCUGCAAAAACUCUCCAAGGUACCAAAGAGAAAAUUCACAAUAUUGGUAUGAUUAAGUUUCUGAAAAUAAAGGAAUUAUAAACUUAGAAAAAAGCCCCAUGUCUUUCCAUUUGUUCAUACAUUUAGGACGAACUAACAAGAAAUGAGUUGUGUCCCACAUUAAUAAUCUGAAUUUAUAUUUAUUAUACAAUGGAACCACAGGAACUGUAACUGUCUUUGCUUGAGAACUUAAUUCAUUUUUAUUGCUUAAAAAACGUUUUUGUAGAGAAAAAAAUCUGGUGAAAGAAAAUGAAAAAAGUACAGGUUUUUGGUAAAAAUAUGACUUUUUACCCUGUUUAGGUGAAAAACUCAUUACAAAGUUACGUGCUUUAUCUAUCUUGGAUUUCUAAGCAAGUGAUAAGAAAAAAUAUUAACAUACUUGUUUGAAUUUAAAAAACGAAACCAGGCUUUUCCAAGCAGUGUCUUACUUGGCUCACUGGUCUGAUAAUAAGAAUACUGCUAUUCAAGUAACACAAAUAGUAAUAGGAGGAACAGAAUCAGAAAAAGGAUGGGGUACUAAUUCUGUCAGAAAGAAAAAGGCUUAACAGGAUUACAGGGAACCCAUUAAGUCAUAGGAAAUUUUAGGUGAAACAGCUUUCUUAAUAUCUUUUUGAGUUAGAAAGCAAGUUUUUAGUUUUAUGUUCAGAGAAAAAAGACCAAUGUUGUGUUAACUUUUAAAUUUCCAGGAAAAAAAGAUUAUCACAGGAAUGGCAUAGAGUACAUUAUUACCUUUGUACUGUGGUUGAAUACAUCUAAAGCUAGCUUGCUGGUGAUGAUUUUUAGUUAAUAUUGGAGUGGAUUAGAAGAGGCAAAUAAAUCUAGAUUGUUGCUCAUACAUGGAUUUCAAAUACUAACUUAUGGAAGGAAUUUCAAAUCUAAUAUAUAAUGUAUAUAUAACUGAUGCACAAAUAACAUGUUUAAUGACUCAUAAAAUACUUAGAAAUAAAAAUGAUGGCUUGCUUUCAAAGAAACUAAAUCUAAGUGAACAUUAGCAAUAAGCAUUAAAAAGUCAUAUCUUUUUUUAUAAAUAUUGUCUUUAGCUGCUUAGGAUUCUCUAAAGCCUAAUGAUAUUUUUGAUAGUAUGGAUUAUUUACAAGAAUUUAUAGCAUUUAUGAUUUCAUCUCUGUGCUUAUAAUUCUACAUAAAAAUACAUUCAGAUUUGUUAAUUCUUUAUGUUGUAAAUUUUGAAGUACUGAACAAUAAUUAAAUGCAAUUUUAAAAAUUUAACCAUAAAACCAAAACUCAGAAUAAUAUCAGUACUCCAGGUAUGCUUAUAUAUGGUAUACUUGAAACAUUUGUGUUAUUUCCCCAGUCAGUCUCCCAUUAGUGUUAUUACAUUUUAAAUGUUUUUAGAAAACCAAUAAAUGUGACCGUUUCUGAAGUGCUAGAUGAAAAAGUGACAACCUGCACAUGCCUACAAUGCCUGAUGAUGAAUUCUAAUUGCAGAAGAAAAUCUAUAACUAAAACCACAAAAUGAGCCCUAUGUAUACCAGUGACCUUCUUUACUUAGAGUUAAUUAACACAAGCACUUGCUUCUUGCAGAGCACUUUGCUAUAAUUUAGAACAAAUUAAGGGGAAAAAAAUCAUUCAAGUGCUGUUUUCUUCUCACCAUGAAGUUAGUGUGAUGGACCAAAGUUAACUCAUCUAAAACAUAAUCAUCCAUUUCUUGUAAUUAUGAGUAGCAAUAUGAUGUCUUCCUUUAAAAAAAAAGACAUCCUGAUCUAUGCUAUUUUUAAUUUGCUUCCUAUGCUUCCAUUUAUUAGUGGAAAUUGACUUAAAAAUUAAUAUAAAAUGCACUUUUCCAUUUCUUCCUGUCAGGUUCUUAUUUACUUUACAUUUAGUGUAUAUUUACCUGGCUGUUUUUCAAAUAAAUAUAUUUUUAAUUUAAUAUGACAAAUUAUGAAAAGAACUGCUUUUAUAUUUCCUCCUGCCCCUCCCCCAGUCCUAAAAUUGUGACUUUAUUAUUGUUUCCACAUGGUGGCAUGUAAAUUUACUGGAGCUCCUUGGUCACAACUGGUGAAAUCUUAGCCUAAAAAGUUAUUUAAACUUUCUUGCCCUCGCCCAUCUCCUUUGUAGUGCUGAGUACUGAACUCAAGGCCUUGGCACCAAGCUACAUCCCCAGCCCAUGUUUCUUUUCUUUCUUUCUUUUUUUUUUUUGUUCCUCUGAAACAAGGUCCCAUCAAAUUGCUUAAACUAGGCUUAAACUUGCCAUCCUCUUUCAGAUUCCCAAAGUGCUGGUACUUCAUAUGUGUGCCACCAUGUCUGGCUUAAACUUUACCUUCCUAGGACACAGAAACUUUGGAAACUUAGCUCAUGGACUUGGGAUUGAGCAGGGAGGGCUCUUGCUGCAGUCAUACUGCAAAUAGAUACAGGAAAUAAGACAGAAUAAGGGAAGAUUCGUAGAAAGGACUUGGGAAAGUUGAGAACCUAACAGGAAGUGUUUACUCAAUGAAUGAGUCACCAAGGACUUUGGAGGCUAAGCAGGGACUUUUUCAAGACUGAGCAUAGAUUAAUAGAGAAGUGUUUACCCAAGCUAUCACCACUGGUACUCCUUAAUGAACACCUCUGUGACCAUUCACUCCCGUUUUACUCUGUAUGACACCUAAAGUUGCCAAAGAAAACCUAUCUCUGCACACUAAACUCUCAGUUAGUGUACUGGAGUGAAGCAAGGGCUCCUGGCCAUGGGAAAGAUUAAAGAGCUCAGGGAAAUGGGGAUAAACAAUGAAAUCUCAGCGGAGUCUACAUUGCAUGUCAUACUAAACUUCCCAAGAAAAUGUAGGGGAAAAAAAAAACAUUGAGAAAGAAGUCCUACUUGUUUAGGUAUAGCUUUAUAAGACAAGCUAUGAUUGCAUAUAAAGGGUAGGUUAAUGUUAUAUUUUACAAAUAACCUGCAUUUAUUACCAAAACAUAGUCCUUUGCAUUUCUACUACAAUGUGUAGUAGUUUUUGGUGGUUACACUGCUGCUACACAGACUGCAUUUUGAAGCACUCAUUUUCAGCUCAGUUGGAACCUCAGUUAGGGAAUUAAAAAACGCAGUCACACCAAGGGAGCAUAAAAGUUAAAUAGAUAUAUACUUAUCUUACACAUUUUAUUUUCCAUUAAAACAACAAAUACAUAUUAUCUAUUAACCUUUCAAUGUUGGGAAUGUGUCAUUUGUUUUAAUAUUGCUUUUAGUUGGCCUGGCACCUAAAGCAUUGCUAUAAGGGUUUGUUUACAGUCUUCAGUGGGUUAAAAUUCUAAAAUGUCUGUUAGACCAAUUCAAUUGCAAGCUCUAAAGCAGUGUAAUGGUUUUCUGUAUUUCAAAGUGUCUUGCUCAAUACAAAAUUUUUAGAUAUGUAUUGUCUUUGAAAAGUUUUCAUUUUAUUUUUCAUAAAUGAAUUUGCUUCAUACUCAUUUUAGGUCAUAGAAUUAAACAGUAAAAUUACAGUAUCUAGUAAAAUUAACAUAAGGAGAUUUGGGGGAACACACUUAUCUGGCACUCAAUGUGUGAACAAAUCAGUGGGCACAGCUGCUAGGCUGGACCUUGUUCCACAGAAGACUUGACUAACCAACACUCCAGCUGAAUCAUACACUUCUUUCACUGUUAGUGCUUGAGGCUUACCCCAAACAGAAGAGGUGAGAAUUUCCCUUGGAAUUUAAUUCUGAAAUCCACACAGAAUAUAUCUGAGCACAAAUAAUCCAAAAAGAUAGAGAAUAGUUCCCCUAGCCACCUGCCCAGAUUGUGGCUUGCUUAAACAUCUCUGAAGAAGAAAAUCAAGAUUGUAAACAAAGAUGUGAAGGGAGGACACAGUGCCCCUUGGAAGCAAGCCAGAGACGACAGGCUUCCGCAGCAAUCUAGGGAAAAGAGAACAAGCCUCUCAAAGGUGCGAUGGGUAUUUAGGAUUUCAGGGCUCUCAGAAUUCUCUCUAGUGAUAAGGAUGCAUUAUAAGACCAUCUUCCCUUUUGUCAUAAAUCUAACUUCCUCUGUUCCAUUUUCGUGUUGACCAAAAAUUCUUAGCUAGUAGGUAAGUCUUUAGGGUACAUUUACCUAGUAUUAAAAGAAUGUCUAACUUCCCAACUUUGUAUACUAGGUUCAUAUGACAAUGAUUGUCUAUGAUAAAGAAAAUCAUCUAUGAUUUUGGUUAAAAUUCCCAUUAAGCUUGAGAGAAGUGUUGAUUAUGUGAGUAUUCUUGCCUUAAAUUUCUAAUUGUAAAUCAGUAAACUGAUGUUGUGAUGCCUUU